GCGGGGAGCGGAGCGGAGCGGUGCGGAGCCGGAGUGGAGCCGGAUCCGGAGCGGCGGAGGAUGCGGGGCGCCGCGCGGGUGUGGGCGCUGCUGGGCGGGCACCUGCAGCCCACCCUCACCUACUGGAGCGUCUUCUUCAGCUUCGGGCUCUGCCUCGCCUUCCUGGGGCCCACGCUGCUGGACCUGCGCUGCCAGACGCACAGCUCGCUGCCGCAGCUCACCUGGGUCUUCUUCUCGCAGCAGUUCUGCCUCCUGCUCGGCAGCUGCCUCGGCGGCCUCUUCAAGCGCACGUUGGCCCAGUCCCUGAUCGCCCUCUUUGCGUCCUCCCUCGCCAUCUCCGUGGUCUUUGCCAUCAUCCCCCUGUGCCACAAUGUGGUGCUGCUGGCUGUGGUCAUGGCUGUGGCAGGGCUUGCCAUGGGCUGUAUCGACACCAUCGCCAACAUGCAGCUGGUGAAGAUCUAUCAGAAGGACUCGGCCGUCUUCCUGCAGGCCCUUCACUUCUUCGUGGGCUUUGGAGCCCUGCUGAGCCCGCUGAUAGCUGACCCCUUCCUCUCAGAGUCCAACUGCAUCCAGUCCAAUGCCACGCUCAACGCCACCAGCAACCUCCCCCACAUCCGCAAGUCCCUGGUCCCCCAUCACCCCGGGAACUUCUCGCACUACGACCUGCCCAUGGAAGGAGUGGUGGUGACGCGCGUGUCCUAUGCCUUCUGGAUCAUGGCCCUGAUCAACCUGCCAGUCCCCAUCGCCGUCUUCUUCCUGCUGUACAAGGAGAGGCUGGUGCCUUGCCUCAAGAGCAGCAGCCCCCCACUGCUCUCUGCAGACGAGCUGGCGAUGGAAACGCGCCCGGUCGAGAGGGACACGCUUUCCGCUGGGUCACGGACAGCCCAGCCGGACGGAGGGCACAACGACUUAUUUAGCUGCUGCCAAAGCAAAAACUUCCGAGGGGCUUCUUAUUCCUACUUCGCCGUGCACAUCACAGGGGCCCUGGUCCUCUUCAUGACAGAUGGGAUCACGGGGGAAUACUCUGGGUUCAUAUACAGCUACGCCGUGGAGGAACCUCUCUCAGUGGGACAUAAGAUGGCCGGCUACCUGCCCAGCCUGUUCUGGGGAUUCAUCACGCUUGGCAGGCUCAUCUCCAUCCUGGUGUCCUACAGAAUGAAGCCCACAACCAUGGUCUUCAUAAACGUGGUCGGAGUGCUUGUAACUUUCCUCCUGCUCCUGAUUUUCUCCCACAGCGUUGCCUUCCUGUUUGUGGGGACAGCAUGCCUGGGCCUGUUCCUCAGCAGCACCUUCCCCAGCAUGCUGGCCUACACCGAGGACAUCCUGCAGUACAAAGGCUGUGCCACGACGGUGUUGGUGACUGGCGCUGGCUUUGGAGAGAUGACGCUACAGUUACUGGUGGGGUCGAUUAUCCAUGAGCAGGGCAGCUACAGUUUCCUGGUCUGUGGGAUGAUCUUUGGAGGUUUGGCCUUUACUUUCUACACUUUCCUCCUGUUUUUCCACAGGAUGCACCCCAAGCCCUCAUCAGAUCCGGAUGCCUCACCUGACAAGCCAACAGUAACAGACGACUCUGGACUUUAUCAGCAAUAAGGCAGCCCGGCCCUAGGUGAGGGUUUGUCUAUAUUAGCAAUAAACACCUGCAAACAAUUGAGCGUUAUUUAUAAGGAUGAUUUCACAUUGUGGCUAAAUUGCCCUUGUGUUCUGCAAUCAAAAAUCAAAGCCAACAGCCACCUUCCAAGACGAAGAGCAGCAGGAUGUUGCUCGUGUCUCAGACUCGUGCAUUCAGGAAGAAUACAGAGCAGCAGACUGAAACCAGGCCCCUGUCUUCUAGGAGAAUGACAGAACAAAACUUGUAAGUUGGAUUUCCCAGCUUCUGCCAAGACCAAGACGGGGGUUCUGCGUCUGUCCCUAAUCCGUUUGUAGUUUGAAGUAUCCCCUUUGUUCAGUCACUAGAUUUCUUGGAUGCUGGAAAAUUUCUGUCUCCACAGUCCUGAUGACCAAACAGCAUCCUCUAAGUACUACAGAACCACCUUCAGCAAACUGCUGCACAGAGCAGCACAACCUUCAAAUGGCGAUUCCCUUUGGGAACGCAGGCACGCACUCCUAGCAGGAUCUGGCGAUAUUUUUGCACAGUGGGUAGUUGUUGUAUAUUCUAUGGUACCAGCUCUGUUCACCGAGGCAGUCCAAAAUCAACAGGCUGCAGCAGGCUGAGUAUUUAACUCAUUAAUGUCUGUAGCAGAUGAAAGAAUGAGUUACGAUGGUUUACUUUGCUCAAGUCAUUAAGUUCGCUGCUAUAGUGUCUGUCUGUAGGAACGCUGGAAUUGAAACUUCCAUCUGAAAUGGAAGCAGAGGGGAUCCAGCUUCCAGCUGUUUGAUCUGUGCAAUCCCUACUAGAAAAGGUGCCUUCCCUGAGGUACUGCAGAAACCCAGGAAUGCUGUUACAAGCAAGUGAUAGCCUUGAGAAAAGGACUUUGACUGGGGGAGGAGUGUGAAGAGAUGUAUGCAACGUUAGUGCAACUGGACUCGUUUUUGCUCCCAACUGCUGUAUGAGGUUGUAUAUAUGUAAGUGUGUAUAUACAGCAAUGUUAAUUAAAGAAGUGACGGAUUGCUAUAUUCUCAA